AUGGCGAGAACGAAGCAGGCCAAGCCUGUCGAGCGCACGCCUUCCUCCGAGUUUGUGUCAAAGCAGAAUGGCACACCAGUCAAGAGGACAAGCAGCUAUGUAAUACCCAAAGAGACUCCGGCCAACGGCGUUGCGCUCGCCGGCAAGAGCGCCAUCAUGCUGCCCGAGCCGGAGAAGAAGGAAGCUGGCUUGGUACAGCUGGUCAUUGCCGUUGCAGGCAUCUACGGCUCCUUCUUGACCUGGGCCUUUCUCCAAGAGCGCCUCACGACGACACCCCACGGCCCCGAAGGCAGCACCGAGGUGUUCAAGUAUCCCGUCUUCCUCAACACGAUCCAGUCCCUCUUUGCGGCCACCACGGGUGCCCUCUACUUGUACCUCAGCUCGCCGCGCAACGCGCCGAUCCCGCCCAUUUUCCCGUCGCGGCGCAUCCUGGCGCCUCUCGUGCUCGUGGCCCUGACACAGUCGCUCGCGUCGCCCUUUGGCUACGCCAGCCUGGCGCAUAUCGACUACAUAACGUUUCUGCUGGCCAAGUCGUGCAAGCUGCUACCCGUCAUGUUUUUGCACAUCACCAUUUUCCGCAAGCGCUACCCGCUGUACAAGUACCUGGUCGUGGCGGCCGUGACGGCGGGCGUCGCCGUCUUUACGCUGCACUCUGGCAAGAAGGCGAAGAAGCACGCCACCCCCGACGAGGAGCGCAACGUGCCCUGGGGCAUGCUCCUGCUCUCCAUCAACCUGCUCUUUGACGGCUUGACCAACAGCACCCAGGACUACAUCUUUGGCGCCUUUCAACCCUACUCGGGCCCCCAGAUGAUGUGCGCCAACAACCUCAUGAGCACCGCCGUCACGGCCGCCUACCUGGUGCUGAGCCCCUACCUCGUGCACACGGGCGCCGGCGAGUGGCUCGGCAUGGACGUGGCCGGCUCGGCGGGCGAGCUGACCGAGGCUCUGGCUUUCAUGGCCCGUCACCCUUCCGUCUGGACCGAUGUCUUGGGUUUCGCGGCCUUUGGCGCCGUGGGACAAGUCUUUAUCUUCUACACCCUCUCAACCUUUUCCUCUGUCCUCCUCGUGACGGUAACAGUCACGCGCAAAAUGUUCACCAUGAUUCUGUCCGUCGUGGCGUUUGGCCACAAGCUCAGCCAGAUGCAGGUCCUAGGCGUCGGCCUCGUCUUUGGCGGCAUUGGCGUCGAGGCCGCCAUUGCUCGCCAGGAGAAGAUGGCCAAGGACGCGGCCAAGAAGAAGGCGCUCGAGGGCAAGAGUCAAUAA